CAGUUUUGUCUGCUUCGAUUUUUGGGGGUUGUAGAACUUUCAAUGUCGGCAUUUAUUUCCUCACUUUUUUACGAAGUGAUGGACUGAGUUUUUGAUUUUUGACAUCGUGUUUUUWUUUUUUUUUAAUACAUAGGCUAUGUAGCACUUGGACCAGACUAAGGACAAUGCAUAGGGCUCUUCAGCUGUAAACAUAUGAGAUAUGUGUGCGAUUAUGUUUUGAAGGGAGGGGCUUKCGCUUUGUAGUAGCCUAUUAUUGAAUACCGUGGAGCAGACGGAUCCAAAGGCGGAUUCUGUUUCUCUACAUUGACUGGCCUGCUUCGUGGUUGUUUGCUAACCCGGUGAAAGAACAAUCGUUUACUUGCUGAACUCAAUAGGGCGUAACCAUGGACGACGACUUUGAGCGGCGCAGAGAGCUCAGGAGGCAGAAGAGGGAGGAGAUGCGCCUGGAGGCUGAACGGGUGGCCUUCCAGGGUAGUAAUGAGGAUGAGGAGGAGGCCGCAAGGGAGCGUAGACGCCGGGCACGUCAGGAGAGGAUGAGAGGGAUGGGAGGCGAGGAGCCCAGUGACAGCGUGGUGAUGACCAACAGCCACAGUGUGACAGAGACUGUGUCUGUGUCCUCCUCCUCUAUGACCUCCUCGGGUGGAGGAGACGAUGAUGAGCAGGCCCUGCUGGAGCGCAUGGCCAAACGAGAGGAGCGCAGGCAGAAAAGAAUGAUGGAAGCUCUGGAGCGAGAGAAGGAUCAGAACCCCGGCAAUGCCGGUAACCACGGCAGCGGGGAGAAUAGUGUGGAUGAGAGGUCCGUCGGCCGCAGUGGCCGUUACCAAGACAACGAAGAAGAGGUGGAAGAGCGGAACUGCCGAAAGAAUGAGAAGGAGGAGGGGGAGGCUGCUCCAGAGGAGGAAGAGGCUGAGCAGGGAGAGGAAGAAGAGGAGGAAGAGGUGGUGGAGGAGGAGAAACCGAGACGAUCCUAUAUGAGAGAACAGGAAUCCAUUGACGAAAAAGCUAGAAACGAGGUGAAUGAAAAGCAGAAUGGAGGUCUGCACGAGGAGGCUCCUCCAAAACACAAAAGAACAGAAAGGACCCUGAGCCGCGGCAGCGUGCACUCCCCGGAGGCGGGGGCGGAGGAGCAGGACGACGCGGCGCGCCUGGAGACGGAGCGUAAGCUGGAGGAGCUGAAGCGCCGCCGUGACGACGCGGAGAGCGAGGAGUUUGAGAGGAUGAGACAGAAGCAGCAGGGGGCUGAGCAGGAGCUGGAGGAGCUGAAGAAGAAGCGGGAGGAGAGGAGGAAGAUCAUAGAAGAGGAAGAGAGACAGAAGAAACAGGAGGAGGCCGAGAAGAAGGACAGAGAGGAGGAGGAGAAGAGGAGGAUGAAGGAGGAGAUAGAGAGGAGGAGGGCGGAGGCGGCCGAGAAGAGACAGCAGAUGGGGGUGGAGACCGUCGACGGAGAGGCCAAACCCUUCAAAUGCUUCAGCCCCAGAGGAUCCUCCCUCAAGAACAAGGAUAUGCGGUCCCCACGCUCCGGUGCCGUGGACCUGCCAAUGGUGACAGAUGGGAUACGUAACAUUAAGACCAUGUGGGAGAAAGGCAACGUGUUCAACUCACCCGGGGGUGGCGGGGGCACGUACAAGGAAGCAGCUGGGAUGAAGAUAGGUGUGGCGGGCCGCAUCAACGACUGGCUGAAUAAAACCCCCGAGAGCAAAACGCCGGGGGGAAGGCCCGCGGAUCUGAAGCCAGGAGAUGUGACUAACAAGAGAAGUCUGUGGGAAAACAAGGGAUCCUCCCCAGCCAAGGUGACUGGUAGAGGGGAGAAUAAAUCUGUUGCCAAUGCAGGUAUGGGACACGAAUGAUACGAAGAGCUUCUUCUGAAGGCUGGUGGGGACCAAGACAAUCCGAGACUCUUCCUUUUCUAUGUGUAUUAUACCAAAAGAAUAUGACCACCACCCUGCGGGACCCCAAGGAAUGAAGAGAAACAGGAGAUUCUAUUUAAUAAGCACUGUACUGAAACGAAUAGCCACCAUCUCGUAACUACAGUGUAGUGCCUUUGCACAACGAUUUACUAUGAUUUACUUUCGCAACAAACAAAAGAAUAUGCUGUGAAAUUUGGAUGUUUUAUGAUAUGGUGAUUUGUUUUAUAUGUUAUAAGCAAAAACUUGCAGGAGAAAAAAGAAAUAAUUGAGAUUAGAUUGUAUUUCCCCAUGCGCUCUUCAGUACAUGUGUACUUUUGAUAUAGUAGAGAAAUGUUUUUAUAUGAGGUUUCCAGUUCCACAAUCAUAUCCGUGUUCCAAAGAGAGACAUCUACCACCAAUGCUCUGUCCAUGUCGUCCAUCUCACUUCUUUCGUAUUUAUAUUUAAAGCAAAGCUUCACAUAUAGCUAUUUUAUUCAUGUUCACCAGUUCAGGAGAGAGAUUAUAAGCACUCCGUAGAUUUGGCUUAUUUCACUUUUUUUGACUUACCAAUAGUGCAACAAUGGUCUGAGUUAAUAUGUUAGCACAGAAGUACAUGUCGUUAUGAAUAUUAUAUCUUCCAUUACAGCUUUAUACUCAAGAUUUGUUUGGCUUUUGUACUCUAAAAUUACACGACUACCAACCGACAAGAGGCAAUGAAAGGCAGUGCAAAGCAACUAAAGGAAAGUUGUAUAUUAAGACGGCUAUUAUAACGUUUAUUAUCCUUGUUUCAAUUUAUUUAUGUUUUUUUUACGUGUUUUGUCAUUGGCUGUUUUUUGUGGCUUUUGUACCUGCUGUUUGAAUCUCUAAUUCACUUUGUUAAACUUUCAAACAACCCAUAAUGCAGCAGGUGUACUUAAGAGUUACAUCCUCAUCCUAGAGACUCUCUGACCCGCAACAUUCCACGCCACUAAGCACGCCGCCGGGCUUAUUCAAGUACGUGCUCCAAUGGCUUCUAUUUAGGAGGUUAAGGACCUCAGCUUUGUCAGUGAGGUUGUCUGAAUAUAGCAGGCCAGAUACACAUUUAUACACUGUGUCUGUACCCUGAGACGGCAUCGGUUUUAAGCCAUAUGCCGCCUUGCCAUUUAAGCCCAAAUCUCACGUACUAACUAUAGGACUCUGAAAGAAGGGAAAGUGCACAUUUUAGAUGUUGACAAUGAUAGAGGAUUGAGUCGGUCAACAGAAGACGGAUUUUGACUCCGGACAACAAUUGCGCUUGACGCUUGUUUUGAGUUUUCUUAAAGUUGCAUUGUGGUAUGUAAGAUCGUGUUUCCAGCACAAAUCCUUUACAUCCAAUGGUCUCAAGGCCUUGUUAAUGCAGGCACCGAAUAAACUGUACCUUACACUUUGCCAACUCAUUAUGACUUCAGCUGUUUCUUUUCUCUUUUUUUUACCGUUUCAUUAUUGAGGUUAUAUGUUUCACAUUUCAUUAAUUCAUUUUGCAUGACAUUUGUUAAUAUAGGUAUUAAAUAAAGGUUAGCAGGGGCAUUGUAAGAUUGUUCUGUGUAAACCUUGACAAUCACAUUCCAUGACUCCUUAGAACGACAAGCAAUGGAGUCUGACCAAAAUAUAUAACAUUAUUUUACAUUGCCGUUAUUUCAUAUUUUUGGUAAUUUUUGCUUUUAUUUCAAACACCCUCAUUUAUUGUGUAGAGUUAACUAUGCAAUGCACACUAUCUACAGUUUCAGAUCAAACGUUGUGAUGGUAGUGGGUAGUUUCUUACAGAAUCAAUGUUCUGAAAUAUUUGUACCGCUGACUCGACAACCGCAAUAAAGAGAUAUAAAUUGUU